UUUGCAUGAAGUAGGAUCCUUGAGCUGUUGCAGAGGCAGCCAACUGCUCCAUAUUUGGCUUCUAUUACCCAUUUACAUGCUGGAGAGAGGAGAGGGAGCGAGCGCUGUACCGCAGACAUCAUUUCUACUACAGUGGUGGAGACAUCCCGGACCUGUGUCACUGCAGGGGGAAGGAAAAAAACCAAACAAACAAAAAAGCAGACCCAAGCCCCGUGAUCAGCUAGGAAGACAUUUGUGUGCGAGUCUCUCUCUGACCCCCCCCCCGCCAACCCCACCUCCACUGACACUUUACAUCACAUCGCAGGCCAAGCCAGAUGGGCAAGCAAUACAAGCUGUGAAUUUAUUCUUGACCCCGUAGGACAGUGACCACCUUCAUUUUUGUCUUCAACGUACAGAUAUGCACUGCCAAUAAGCGAAAAGGUCAAGAAAAGCAGUAGCUCAGUGGCUGAAUUUUUCAGAAGUGCUUUACAGCAGGGAAAGUGGGAAACCUCUUAAAGUGGUGUCUUAUUCAAUCCUGGAGCACAGGGAAAGAGUUUUAAUGCAAAACAUCAGAAAAAAAAGGCUGCAACAUCUCCUGUGAGAGAGGGGAAAAAAGGAGAUUUACAAUUGCAUCUUGAAACACUCAUUUGAGCUCUACCUUACUUUAUUUGAAAGAGGAAAGCCAGUGAGGACCUGUGAACAAUCCGGCAGUUCGUGAAAAAUCUUCAUGCUAAAGGAUAAUCCAGAAUUCCCCGAAGAAGAACAUAGUGAAUGUUAAUCCAGAGGAGCUGUCGGAGGAUCGUGCUCACAGGGAGAUGAUUCCUCAUGAAGUCACUGGAUCCCUUGCAGAAAUCAAAUGUGACUUUCCGUUUAUCAGACUGAAAUCAGAGCCAGCCAGACAGUGAAGCAAGCACAGUGGAGGGGGGACGGCGAAAGAUGAAAUCCAACCAAGAGCGGAGCAAUGAAUGCCUGCCACCUAAGAAGCGAGAAAUCCCUGCCACCAGCCUGCCUUCAGAGGUGAAGCCAGUCCUGCCAAACGAAAACCACCGUGCGGAUAACCUAGCAUGGCUCCCCAGCACACCCGGCGGCCAGGGCAGCCUGGGAGGCCGGCACCGGCCCGGGGGGACGUCAUCGGUGGAGACAGGCUUGCAGCAGGGUUUGCACAAGUCGCUGUCUGCAGGGCUGGACUAUUCCCCGCCGAGCGCGCCCAGGUCCGUUCCAGCCUCCACCACUCUUCCCACAGUGUACUCGCCCGCCCUCUCCCAGUCAGGGACCCCCGUUUCCCCCGUGCAGUACACGCACUUGCAACACACCUUCCAGUUCGUCGGGCCCCAGUACAGCGGAUCGUACACCGGAUUCAUCCCCUCGCAGCUGAUUUCCCCAACAGCCAAUUCUGCGACCGGCGCCGUGGCAGCGGCCACAGCCGUUGCGACCACUCCAUCCCAGCGCUCCCAGCUGGAGGCUUAUUCCACUUUGCUGGCCAGCAUGAGCGGCUUAAGCCAGCAGGGGCACAAAGUUGAGCCGCACCUGGUCAGGACGCCUGGACUGAUUGCCGCCGGAUCUCCUCCACCCACCCAGCAGAACCAGUACGUCCACAUUUCCAGCUCUUCCCAGAGCAGUGUCAGAAAUGUCUCUCCUCCAACCAUCCCGGUCCCCCUGCACCCCCAUCAGACAGUGAUCCCGCACACCCUCACCCUCGGCCCUUCCUCCCAAGUGGUGGUGCAGUACACCGACUCGGGGGGCCACUUCGUCACCAGGGAUCCCCCCAAGAAGCCCGAGAGCAGCCGGCUACAGGCGAUGCAGGCCAAGGAGGUACUGAACGGUGAGAUAGAGAAGAGCCGGAGGUACGGCAUUUCGCCCUCUGCCGACAUGGGUCUAGUCAAAGCAGGCAAUAAACCAGCUCCCCAUCAUUACGAGACCAGGCAUGUGGUGGUCCACUCAAGCCCCUCCGAGUACGGCGCGCGGGAUUCCUCAGGUGUCCGAGCCUCCGUCAUGGUGGUCCCCAACAGCAGCACGCCCACGGCGGACAUGGAGGUGCAGCAGGCCACCAACCGUGAGACCUCUCCCUCAGCCCUCAAUGACAAGGGAAGCUUGCACUUAGGAAAGCCAGCCCACCGGUCCUACGCCUUGUCUCCGCAGCAGGCUCUGGGCCACGAGGGGGUGAAGGCGGUGGCAACGCUGUCCCCUCACACCGUCAUUCAGACCACCCACAGCGCCUCCGAGCAGCUCCCCGUCGGGCUGCCGGCGACGGCCUUCUAUGCUGGGACCCAGCCGCCGGUGAUCGGCUACCUGAGCGGUCAGCAGCAAGCCAUCGGGUACCCCGGCAGCCUGCCGCAGCACCUGGUGAUCCCUGGCACCCAGUCCCUGCUGAUACCGGUCGGCAGCGCGGAUGUCGAGCCGUCAGGAGUCGCGCCUGCGAUCGUCACGUCGUCUCCUCAGUUUGCAGCAGUGCCUCACACGUUCGUCACCACCGCCGUCCCCAAGAGCGAGAACUUCAGCGCGGAGCCCCUCACCACCCAGCCUGCCUACCAGGCCACCAUGGUGCAGGCGCAGAUCCACCUGCCCGUGGUGCAGUCCAUCGCUUCCCCCGCCGCGGCACCUCCCACGCUGCCCCCCUACUUCAUGAAGGGGUCGAUCAUUCAGCUGGCCAACGGGGAGCUGAAGAAAGUAGAGGACUUGAAAACAGAAGACUUCAUACAGAGCGCGGAAAUUAGCAACGACCUGAAGAUAGACUCCAGCACGGUGGAGAGGAUUGAAGACAGCCAUAGCCCAGGCAUUGCCGUGAUACAGUUUGCGGUUGGGGAGCAUCGAGCACAGGUCAGCGUGGAAGUCUUGGUAGAAUACCCUUUUUUUGUAUUUGGACAAGGCUGGUCAUCCUGCUGCCCCGAGAGAACCAGCCAGCUCUUUGAUUUGCCAUGCUCCAAACUCUCGGUGGGGGACGUCUGCAUAUCGCUCACGCUCAAGAACCUGAAGAACGGCUCUAUUAAAAAGGGCCAGCCCAUGGACUCAGCUAGUAUCUUGCUGAAGCAUUCAAAGAAUGACAGUCUAGCUGGAAGUAGACACAGUGCAGUUCCAUUGCCCGGAGUCAGCAGACGGGGAGGCUGUACGGACUCUUGCGCCGGUCACCCUGCAAGGUUUUCCUUCGUGGCAGUGGGGUGGGUGGGUGCGUGCGUGCGUGUGUCCUGGGUGUGCAUGGGUGUGUGUGAGAAGGCCUCCGGCUCUGUGGAUGCGCCUGGCUCAGGCCUCCGGCUCUGUGGAUCCACCUGGCUCAGGCUCACUCCUGUUUUUGUGCAGUGUUAGACAAAUCGACCGGGUUACGCCAUUGACAUUUGCUUCCACAAGGUAGACGCAUACUGCCCCUUUGAGAUCACAGGCAUCCAUUGUUUGCAGUUAGGUUGCAAAUCUUUGUCUUUAACUCUAGUACUGUUUUUAGUUCAUGAUUAUGGACAACUGGUGCCACUUUUUUCAAAUUUCGGUGUGACACAGGAAUUCGCUGUUGAAGAUGAACCUAGAAUGUCUUUAAGCACUUAAAAUGCUGUUCACACUUUAUUGCUGAGCAUCCUGGUCUAACACUCAGUACGUACUGUAUCUCACUUUAAUCUGCUUGGAAAGCAACAACAACAAACAAACAAACAAAUCUCUUCAACACUGUAACUACAUGCAACUAUGUAAAGUUUUCUCACAGGCAAGAUGCUGAAAGUUUUAAUGUGGUUUCAAAGGGAUGAAUGUGAAUUAUUGAACUAGUAUGUGACAGUCAUUGUCCACAAAGGACUACUUAAUAGGAGGCACUUUUUAAACUUUAAUGCUUGAGAAAGAGUUAAAGGCAUAUGCGAGCUGACAGAUAAUAAAAAAAAAUAAGAGAAAGGAAAAAGGAAAGAGGAAAAAAAAAAUCAUUGUCCAGUGUUUUUGAAAAAGAUGGACUUUAAAGAAUCUUGCAAUUUGCACAUCUUGAGUUUAUCAUUUGUGUGGUAUUCCUGCAGUUUUUACCUAAUAAUGUUGUGGGUUGGGGGGGGUCUGAAAGAGCAUAAACAAAUGUAGCAAUUACUCACUAACCUGCCUACGCUCUAGGCCAUUUCAUAGGGUUACGUUCCUUUCACAGUUCAUUUUUGGUCUUUCUACCAUAUCUGCCACACAGAACCAGGUCCUACUGGGACAGCUCUGAGAAUUUUUCUUCAGACUUGCUGAGAGAGUUUUCCACAAGAAACAUUUCUAUACAUAAGCAAGGUGUUUGUUUGUUUUGAAAACAAACCUAUUGUUAUUUUAUUAUUAUUAUUUGUUAUUUUAAUUGCAUCGUUUUCCAUUGGAAAGGCGAGAUUUCAAGAGUUUGGUACAAACCAAGUAGGAUGGGGGGGAUUCAUGCCGUUCAGUCUUUUCUUUCCCCAGGCAGGGCCGGAUCCUUUGAGGUGCUGUGCACCCAGCCUCCUGCACAAGCCUCGGCGAGGUGCAAGUAUGAAGUACUUCAGGGCUGAGCGCUAAAGCCCGUUGCUGCCACUAGAAAGAUCCCGUUGAUUUCAGUGGGAUUGAGCUUGGGCCCUACGUGAGCAAGCGUUCGUGUUGGUUUUGGUUGGUGAGUUCGCAUCCUUCAGGUAGUUUUGAAGAAGCUGUACUGAUACGGAGGAAUGGAAAUAAAAGUCCGUCAUUAGAAACGCAGUAACCUAAAGUGAACAAAUUUAUUUAAAAUCGUGUUUUCCCUCUCCCCUAAAAUACAGUGCUUUUAUUUAAGAGAAGAAAUGUUAACCCCAAACCCCAGCUUUGACUCUGUUAUUUGUUACUUGAAAUUUAGCUCACACCAGAACUAAUUGUUUUUAUACCAUAUUCUGGGGUGCACCAAAAAGUUGAAAUACGUUUAAAAUAGCUUGAAACUUUUCUUGAAUUUCCUUGAAUUUUAUUAACCUCUCAGCAGGCUACCAAAUAGCUGAGUGGGUUUCUUCUCACAGUCACACUGCUUAGUUAGUGCUUAUUUGUUAAUAUUUCUGCUCAGAGAAGUUGCUUAAUCUUCCAUAUACUCUGCUCAGGGCACUUGCAGUUUAUUGUUUUGUUUUGUUUCCUGUUUUGUUUUUAAACUUUGAUGGUAAAGGAAUAGAAAGAAUUACAGAUUUUAGUUCACAGUUGUACCACUAUUUCCGUACUUCACAUGUACUUGGAAAAAAAAAACUCAAGUAAAACCAUACGCAUACACAUUUGUGGUUAAUAAGGAAGCAGGGGCUAUUAAACUGACUGGAUCUAUUCAACUAACACUAAAAAAAAAUAAAAAAUAAUAAUAAUAAAAAAAUACGUUUGGAGCAAUAGGAAUGUAUUAGUUCUGUGCUUGUAUUUCAGACUGAGGAAUUCUGAAAUAACUGGUUCUUUCCAAACAAUUGUCCCUUUCCAUGCUUUGGCUUUUGUAGGAUGUGCAAUACUUUACGUGCCAACUUAGACUCACCCGUGCGGUGUUAGCUAGAUCUCAUACCCACUUCUGAUUUCCCCUGGUUUUGUUCUUUUUUUGAACAGUUUCUUUCUUUCUACCUUUUUUUUUCCCUAUUAAUACCUCCGUCCCUAUCCUCCCACCACCACCAAAAAAAAACAAAAACCCCAACAUAUUAAGGGUCAAGCGUCCCUUACCCUGGGAAACACAACCCCUUUUUGUAUUCGAUGUUAAAAAAGAUCCAGGAAGAAAAAAAAAAAAGAUGUAUUAAUGUCUGCGUGCCAUCCAAGCGGAGGGCAGCACUCGGCCAUACGGCUGAAUGCCGCCCUCCGCCUGGACGGCACACGUGCAAGACCUGGCUCCUACCAGGGAGAGAAAAGUCCCCCUGGGCACCAAGUCCUUUGCAAGGUGGGGCUUUGCCUCUCCCCCGGCUCCGAGCGUCCCUUGCCGUGAGUCCCCAUGUCUGGGAAGUGCCAUCGAUCCCCGGGCGCGUGCACAAAUGCCACUCACAGGCAUAGAGAUGCUGAGGCGAAGCCAAAGGAGGAGGUUUAGCCGCUGCUUCUGUGCAGCGUCCACUUCGCAAUAGUAACUGACAGUAGUUUUCUUUUUCUUUUUUUUUUCUUUUUGUAGCAAGCCUGUUUAGUUUACAAUGAAACGCAUACAAUCACCAAGAAAUUAGUCAGGGCAAAGAAAAAUAAAACAAGAACCUCUUUAUAGGGAUUUCUAAAAAAAAUAUCUAUCUGUCUAUCUAUCUAUCUAUCUAUCUAAUCUAUCUAUAUAUCUAUAUAUAUAAAUGACUGUUCCUUAUAGUGUUUAACUUAGGCAUUGUUUCAGUUUGUCUGGGCCACAUCAUGGGGAAUUUGAGUUUGAUGUCACUUACCUCGAGUCCUCUGGUCGAGACCCAAAUCGGAGUCGCUGUUGACCUAUUUUACCAUUUCGUACAUUGCCCUUGGGCUCGCUUUCCCUCGAAGAUGCAGACCUCGGGAGGAGGGGGACACACAUGUUCCUUUUUUUAUUCCUUUAAUUCCUUCAUCCCGCUGUCGCUUCGUUCGACCUGUUGUUCCCGUCAUUUUCUCGGCGUGGGGAAGUGACAUCACUACUCUUGUUUCCCUUAAAUCAAGGAACAUUUAGAAACCUUUCACACCUUUUACUCAGGGAUGGGGCUGGCAUAUGUGUGGUACACUGAUGUGACCAGAAGCAGCACUUUUACUGCUCUGGAGUAGGGAUGUACAAUGUUACAGACAAGUUUGGAUUUCCUGCAUCUCACGGUUUAAACUUUGUAGAUCUCACUUAGAUUGCGAUACAAAAGCAGCAGGCUCAGCGCGAACUGUAGCUGUUGGUUAUCAUGAAAAUUCACUCUCUGCAGAGAUUUAUUUUACUUUAAAGUGUGUUGCCACUAGUAAAAAAGGAAACGGUGAAAUUCUGUUAAUACCUGCAACUGCUAAAAAAAAAAAAAAAAAAAAAGCUUGUAUCAAGGAGAGCGAAUCCUCAAUUUUUUUAAACACUAAUAGUGUUAUUUCAAAGAGGGGGGCUCUUGGCACAGUGCUCUGUGUGUCCUGGGCCCCAGUUCUGCAAACACUUAUACACGUGCUUAUGGGAGGUCCGGGCUGGCUGCCAAAGGCUGCUCGGGAGCUUGCUGUGAUGCACCUGUAUAAAUCUUUGUGAAAUUGAAGCUUGGUUCAGUCAGGGCCAGAUCCUGACCUUACUCAGGCAGCUGGAAAAAUCUUGGGAUUCGUUCAGGCUCGCCAGGGCAGAAGUCCCAGGCAGGCAGGGGGGAUUUGGCCUGCUGAAACACUUCUGCUGUCCCAGGAACUGGACAAAUGGCAAAAUGGGACAUGCACUCAUACAAAUAAUUUCCAUUUCUUCCCUCCCCAUCAUCACAGGUAACAGCAGAGUCCGCUCUGGGCUCUGGCCAGUGCUGAUGUGAAAAGCAAGGGGAAUGAACGCACCACCAGAGUGCAGGCAGUAAUUUCCUUUCCUCUGGUUUAUCUAACCCUCCCAUCCCCCCCCCAUCCUGAAAUACAUAGAAAAUGAGAAUUUGUUGAUGCAGCUACGCAUACGUGCACACACACACACCCCCAGACAGAAGUGUCUGUUUGCACACGAAUAAAUAUGUGUGAAAUUUUUUUUUACUCAUAUGCCUACAUGUCCACUUGAUUCCCUGUCCUGAGGACAGCCUUGCUUUGUGUCGAUCGGGAAAUUCCAAACGCGUUGCACACCUCUACUCCAGAGUUCAAUUUCUUUUACAUAGACGACCUCGCUUCAGAUGUGUUACCUUUACUGAUAGGAUCUUUUCUUGUAGCACUAUACCUUGUGGGAAUAUUUUUUGAUGUAAACCUAAUUUGAGAAGCUUAUUAAAAAUAGAAACUUUUUUUGAAGCACUCACAUUGAGGAGUACAGGUAAUGUUUUAAAAAAAUUGCACAAAAGAAAAAUGAAUGUUGGAAUGAUUCAUUCAGUGUUUGAAAAAGAGAUGGCUCUGUUUGAACAGUGAGUUUCAUACCUUGUUUGUAAAAAAAAAAAAAGUUUUUAAAUACAAAAGCAGAGAAAGGUUGAAAGUUACAUGUUUUUUGUAUAUAGAAAAUGUCAUGUCUAGAUGAUCUGAUUUGUAUUGGCUUUGGCCAGGAAGAAUUAUUACUUAAAAGGCUCUUAAAGAACAA